ACACAUGCAAACUUUGCACACGGUACAAACUAUCUUCUACCUGGCACAUAAACACCUGGAGAAAGUUCUUUAUAUGGAAUUGAAAAGUCUGCAUUAAGCACUUUUCGCUAGUGGGUGCCAGAGGAGACAAAACUUGUGGCGGAGACCUUUGUGAAUCUGCGGUAUUCUGUUAAAUAUUGCAAGUUUCGAGACUUAAGACUGACCAAGACCUUUCUCUAUAUGCGGAAUUCUGUCCAAUACUGCAUCAGUUUUGAAACUUAAAACUGACCAACAACUACUUGAAGUUGUGUAGUUUAGAGACUACUUUAACCACAAAUCACUAGUACAAUAGUACUGUGAACGGACUCAGGGUGUUCACACUAUUGACACAAUAAUUAAUUUCUGAAAAUACGUACGACAGCUAAUGAAAAGAAGGAUUGGUUUUGUAUCACACAAUCUAUAAUCUACUCAGCACAUGAUGUAUACAACAGAGAUAAAUGUUUCAACGUUGAGUAUAAAUGCUAGCUUUGAUAAGUAUUGUUUUGAAACGGACUUGUCAUCUCUGGACGUCAAUAGUCUGGGAAGAGUUUUCAACAUUAUAAUAAAUAUCAUACUAGCUUUGACCUGCGCAUUCAACAGUCUAACAUUAUUGGUUUUAAUAAAAAGUCCAGAUCUCAGGAACUACAGAAAUGCUGUCUCAAUAUGUCAAGUGGUGACAGAUACAUUUUUUCCAUUUUCGUUCGCCAUCACAUAUUUGGCCAAGCCUAUUUUGUCUACAGCUUUGGUAUUCAAUUUCAUAGCUAUUUGGUUCAACAACUUGAGCUAUGCCUGGAUGAUACUCAUCAGUGCCCAGCGCUAUGUCACGAUCACCCAUCCUUCACUCCAUCGCCGUCUGUUUACGAAAGUGAAUGUCUACACUGCUAUCAUCUUUGUCUGGCUCACAUCUUUUUUUCUCAGUCACCCGUUCGGGCCAUGCAAUGACUUCUCUCUAAAUAUCUCUCAUUACUCAAUGGAUUAUCAUCUGUAUGUAUUUCCUGUCAUUCAUUGUUUGUGCCUCAUUCUUCUCUCGUUCAUAUACAUCCACAUAUUCAUCAUUGUGAGACGACACCUCUGUCAUAUCGCUACAGUGAAUGUAUCGAUCGACGACUCUGAUACCCAAAGGAGGAACCAAAGACGGUUAAAUAGGCAAAAAAGGAAAUCCGUUUUUUUUUUCCUGUCAGUACUUGUUUUAUACUUUGUUUUGAUCACCCCUAACGUAGUAGGAAAAUUAUUAAUACUCAAAUUUAAAUAUUUUAGGUCUGAAAAUUAUUAUAUCUAUUCCUUUGUUCUUCAACUCUUAUAUUCACUUGCACCAUCCAUAAAUUUUUAUUUAUUUACUUGCAAGUGUCCUGGGUUUUUUAAAUCUGCACAAAAGGAAUAUCAAAAUCUUAAAAAAAGCCUUUUGAAAUGUUUCGCAUCCAAAUGCUGUCAUAACGAAAGAGAAGAGAGAGAUACAUUUGAACUGACAGAGCUAAACCGAUGAAGAACUAAUGCAGUAAGUCAAUCAAAAAAUGCCUGUAGGAACUUUUUUCUAAAAACAAAACAAAGGCAGAACACACAAAAAGAAAAAGGAACAUUUUAAGUUACUUUACUUUUUUCUAAAAGUUUGUAAAGCUAACAAAUAACAUAUCUAAUAUUUAAAAAAUGUAGUUUUCUCCAGUGUUGUUACGUAUUUUUAAAGGCCAAAAUAGGGUAUAAGAUUCAUGUUUAAAAAAAAAAAAAGCUUUUUAAACAAAUACAUAUCUAUAUAGUAUAAAGAAGAAUGUUAGGCGUAUGUAUUGUAAUAACUGAAGGGAGGCAACUCAACGAGACAAAGACAUUCUCCGUCACCACUGUUUGUGCAGCCACAGUCUUGACCACGCAACUUCUUUACCAACGAGUCUACAGGCAACUGCUCCUUUACCAACGAGUCUACUCCUUCUUUCGUUUGAGACACCAUUUUAUCUACCUUGUUCCCCAUACUGUUAAUUUGUUCACACUUUACACCAAUACCUUCAUUUAUCUUGCCAAUAAGCUCAUAAAUCUCCGAUUCAAUUUCAAAUAGGUAGGUCUCCGGAUCUUCGUCUUCAUCGAAUAGGGCUUGCCGGAGACGAGCUGUAAGUACCUCUUUGCUACCACAAAGCUUCAGGCGUCUGUACCGAAGUUCCUGCCUUAGCUCUUUAACUAAAAGCUGGUCUAGUUGUUUCAAAGAUGCCAUUGUGCUAGAAUCCUACCUCCUCUCGUUGAGUCGCCUAUGAUCCCACUUCUGACACCAGUGUAAUAACUGAAGGGAGGCAACUAAACGAGACAAAGACGUUUAUUUACACGGAGACAUGACAAACACAAAGGGGUAUCUGCCUUGAGCCACAGCAUCUCCACACUAGCUCUCUACACUUGGGCGGAAAUCGUUCUCUCCUAAUGUCAACAUCCUUUUCUAGUCUGGUUACUAGAGGUGCGCAUCUCUGCACUAGCCUGGAUUGCGGUGCGCAUGGAAGAUGCGCAUGGAAGAGUCAUAACAGUAUGUACGUAAUAAAAGAGAAAGCAGUAAAUUCAACAAGUUAAUGCAAUGAAAAUGUCCUUUCUCAAGCUAAGAAUCUAGUAUUUCGAUCGUUCAUCUGACUCACCUUCAACUUCUCAGUAGUUUGAUGCCAUGAUUAAAUUAUUGUAUUUGUUUAAAGUGUUACGGAUCAGUGCAAUAGAAAUUAUUAUUUGUUUUGGUUCUUGCGAUUUUAUAUCACUUAGAUUACAUCAUGUUGAGUCUUAGACCUAGUAACAGCUAUAAAGAUUUGCUGCAAUUCGAUCCAGCAGAGGCAUUUGUUGUUAACAGUGAACAUACUUUCGUACAUUUCUUGUGUUCAUACUUUUGUAUAUAACUAACUGACUGUGAUCUGAUCAAUGCGUUUUCUAUAUUUACAUCUAUAAAAACCAUUCAAUGACAUAUUUCAAAAUACAAUUAUUUUUUA